AUGAAUUCGUUGGAUAUACAACAGCAAUUAGCCGACCAACGGCGUGGCCGAUACGUACGUGUUAGUGAUGUUGAUCGUCGAUUAUUAAUUGAUACAUAUAAAAAAGGAGAAGACUUUAUUGCACUUGCAAAAAAACUUAAUAUCAAACGAUCAACCGCUCGAAGUAUUCUUCGAACAUUUAUUGAUGAGGGUCGUGUAUCAGCAAAACAACGUGCUGGUACACGUCUUCGUUUUAUAACAGAAGAUGAAGCUGAAAUGAUUCGAGAAAUGAAACGCCGCCAUCCAUUAAUAACUAUUGGUCAAAUACAAAUGCGUUUGCAACGCACAUCAAAUCGUGUAUUAAGUAAAGCAUCGAUAUCACGUAUAUUAACAAAUAGUAUACGCUUGGGUAAACGUGCUAAACGUUCAGUUGAUGGUGAAGACGAUCCAGAUGGAAUGAAUGAAACAAUGCCUAAUGGUAAUGAUGAAUUUAUGCAAUUAUCAUCUGAUGAAAAUACAGGCGGAGCAAUAUUUAUCGAUGAUACAAACGACGAUGAAGAUGAUGAUGAUGGAAUGAUGGAUAAUACUUCAUCAUUAAAUAAUCUUGAUGAUUUUCAACGUUUUAUGCUACGUAAAACAAGUGUAAACGGUGAUGAUUCAAUGGUCAAUGAGAAUUUAGAACAAUGUGAUGAUAAUGGUUAUGCUAUAACAUAUCCACAAUUGGGCAGUGAAGAAGAUGAAGAUGAAUUAUCCGAUGAAAAUGAAAUACCAACGCCAGUUGAUCUUCGAUCUGAAAUCGCAUCGACACCAUCUGCAGUGAAUGGUAAUGGGCCAAUAUUAAAUGAAAAUGGUUGUUGGAAUUUAAGUACAAAUGCUGUUAAAUCUGAACCUGUCUGUGUAUUUGUUAAUCGAAAUUAUGAUGAAAAUUCUUCUGACAGUGAACAUCUACAAGAACAACCAUUAACAAUUGAUGAAGAACCAACUAAAACUCCAAAUACUAAUGCAUCAGCAAUCUCGAAUUCGCAAUCAACCGCUUUUCGACGUGGAAAAAGUUGUCCAAUAUGUGGAGAAAAAAAUUUCUCUCGUCUCUCUCAUCAUCUUACUGUUUCGCAUAACCUUCAACGACAUGAAAUGUUAACGUUACUUGCUUACACUGAUCAAAACAACAACAACAACAACAAUACUAAUAAUCAUCAUCAUCAUCAUCCAUCAAUAGCCAGUGUUAGUGGCAGUUCACCAACAAAUACACCAUCUAUUGCGCUCGAUAAAAGUCCACAACAAACACCGAUUAGUAUUAAUACAAAUAAUCAACAAAUAACAUGUCCAUCAUCGCCAUCAAAUGAAUCAGAUAAUCAUAAAAUCAAUCAAUCAUCAUCGUUGACAACAACAACAACAACACUCACAACGACAAGCUCGUCACCUAUUGAUAAUCAAUCGUCAAACUAUCUACCUGUAGAUGGUAAAAAACGUUUAUUAUGUCCACGUUGUGAUACAUGGGUCUUGAAUUUAACAGAUCAUUUAAUAAAAAAACAUCAUUUAAUAUCGAAACAAGAACGUUUACCAUUUUUACGUUUGGCACGUAAUCGUUAUGCAACACCAUCAUCAACACCAAAUCCAAUUGCAAAUGGAAAUGAUGAAAAACUCGCAACUAAUUCAUUUCUUAUUAGUCCAGAUCAUUCAUCUCCGAAUACAAAUCAAACAAAUGAACAACAAUCACAAUCUCAACAGCAAUCAAAUCUUCUUCAACAAGCAGCCAAUAGAAAAUAUCAAAAUAUUGUGAAAAAAUAUCGUAAACGAUUGUUUGCAACAAUGCAACCGCCAACAUCAAAUCAUUCAGCAACAUCAUCAUUAUCAAAUUGUAAUACACCAAAUAAUUCAAUUGAAAAAUCGACUUCACUUUCUUCAUAUGAUCAUUCAUUGGUUCAAUCCAAUCUUACAUUACCAUUACAAGAACAAACAUCAGCAACAGCAGCAGCAGCAGCAGCAGCAGCUGGAAAUCAUAAUCUUUUGACCAUGAACAGUAUUCAAUCGUUAUUAAAUAAUAAUUCAAAUAAUCAGUGUAAACAAGAAAAAUUCAAAUUUUCAUCACUCAAUGAUAAUUUUUCAACACGUACUUUUUCGGCAAUUAAAACAUCUGGUAACAAUAAUAAUGCUAAAGAUCAACAACAGUUGUCAACUCAUCAAAAAUUUGAACAACGUUUAACGGUAUUUCGUCAACAAUUUGCUGUCACAUUAGCCAUGCAAAAUUCUCUCAUGCAACAAAUGGAAUUAUUACAAAGAAGUUUUGUCUGCAUUGAAGACGAAUGGAAUGAUAUGAGAAAGCAAAUUAUUUCAUAA